AUGGUUGCAGCCUCUGUAAACAAGGCUUGGGUCUACUCAGAUUACGGGAAAACCUCCGAUGUGUUGAAGUUUGAUGAAAGAUUCACAGUUCUUGAAAUAAAAGUAGAUGAGGUGCUGAUCAAAGUUGUUGCAGCUGCUCUUAAUCCAGUUGAUUACAAGAAGAUACGUGGACUGAGCAAAGAACUUAACCCUCCUCCACCUAUCGUUCCAGGAACUGAUGUAGCUAGAGUGGUGGUAAAGGAUUCCAUCUCAUCUUAUAUUGUUGCAGCCACUUUUUCUUGUCUUGAUGAGAAACAGCUUCCUGGAAACUCUCUGGCUCCCCCUAUUCACAACCAUUAUCAACAAUGUUGGCUGAGCAGUCUUCACACUGUUAGUGCAGUGGUGGUGUGGCUGGACUUCACAGUUUAUGGGGAUGUCGCUGAACAUGUUACGGUGGAACCAAAAAAGUUCGGAGUUUUGGCUAAGUACAUAGCGGCUCAAGAGAAAUUGUUGGCUAUGAAACCCAACAAUCUGAGUUUUGUGGAAGCUGCUAGCCUUCCUCUGGCCAUUGAGAUCGACUAUGAAUGCUUUGAAAUAGCUAAACUCUCCGCUGGCCAACCCAUUCUUAUUCUCGGAGGUGUCGGCGGAGUUGGAACCCUGGCUAUUCAGCAUGUUUUUGGAGCUUCUAGAGUGGCAGCUACAACAAGCACUAAGAAAUUAGACCUGUUAGGGAGCUUGGGUGCUGAUUUAGCCAUUGAUUACACUAAGGAGAAGUAUGAGGAGCUUCCUGAAAAAUUCGAUGUCGUUUUUGAUGCAGUUGGGGAAGGUGAACGACCAGUGAAGGUCGUGAUAGGAGGAGGGAAAGUGGUGGCAAUCGCAUACCCUGUAGCUCCACCAACUGUCUUUUUUACUCUGACUUCUACCGGAACUACUUUGGAGAAGCUGAAACUUUACCUGGAGAGUGGCAAAAUAAAGCCAAUUCUAGAACCCAAAACCCCAUUUCCAUUUUCCAAGACUUUGGAGGCAUUUGCCCAUCUUGAAACAGAAUGUGCUAUUGGCAAGAUUGUUGUGUAUCCUAUCCCAUGA